AUGUCCGACGUUAUCCUAGUCACCGGUGGAUCUGGCCUUGUCGGCGCAGCUAUCAAAUAUAUUAUCGAGACCGAGCCAGAGGGCAGCCGGUUUGGCAAGCGACCUGGUGAAAAAUGGGUAUUCGCGAGCUCAUCCGAGGGCGAUUUAAGGCAUGUCAAGUACCCCGCCGCGACCAGCGCCCUUUUCGACAAGUACAAACCCACGCAUGUUAUCCACCUCGCUGCCCUCGUCGGAGGUCUUUUCAAGAAUAUGAAGUACAAACUCACUUUCUUGCGUGAUAACGUCCGAAUCAACGACAAUGUCCUCGAAACGUCUCAUCAAAUAAAGGUCAAAAAACUCAUUUCUUGUCUUUCUACGUGUGUGUUCCCCGACAAGGUCGAAUACCCGCUGGACGAGAAUAAGAUCCACCUUGGGCCGCCGCAUGAUAGCAAUUUUGGUUACGCGCAUGCUAAGCGCAUGGUAGAUGUUCAAAACCACGCGUACAAUGAGGAGUUUGGCGACAACUUCACCUCGGCGAUCCCCACCAACGUGUUUGGCCCCCAUGACAACUUCGAUUUGGAAGAUUCGCAUGUCAUUCCUGGGCUGAUCCAUAAAUGCUACCUAGCAAAGAGGAACGGAACACCAUUCGUUGUGUCUGGGACUGGAAAGCCCCUUCGCCAGUUUAUCUACUCUCGCGACCUGGCGAAGCUUUUCAUUUGGAUGCUUCGCGACUAUGAGAGCGUAGAACCUUUAAUUCUGAGCGUUGGCGAGGACGAGGAAGUGAGCAUCAGAUCUGUCGCUGAUGCAAUUGUCAAGGCAGUCGGCUUCGAGGGCGAGUACAAGUUUGAUACCUCUCGGGCUGAUGGUCAAUUCCGCAAACCUGCUUCUAACAAGAAACUACUUGAGCUAACUGGGGGCUUUGAAUUUACGCCAUUUGACAAGGCGCUCGAUGAGACGGUAAAGUGGUUCUUGGAAAACUAUGACUCGGGAGCACGCACUGGAAAAGUUCCAAAGGCAUAG